AAUGCUUCAUGCUUGGCAGCCUUGGCUUGGCUGCUUGUUGUUGCUGGUAUAAUCAUUCUUACAGGACUCAAAUCACUCUAUUGAGAAGGUCAACAAAAAAAUGUCUUGUUUGCCACUAUGCAUAUAAGUUAGUCAUAGAACGAUAGAAGACCAUAAAUUUGAGGUGAAUGCCUCUGACGACUGAAUGGUGUUGGCAAAGGGGUGAAUAUGCCCAGACAAGCUCAAGGGGAACAAUUUUAAUUUGAACAAAUUUAUGUCAAUUACCUACAAGACUAAUUAAUAGUACAGGUUGCUUUGCCUGGCUGCUUGAUAAGGCUGAUAUAGAAAUGCCUCCCAUGGUUGGCACCUGCCCUACUGCCUCUCUUCAUCAAAAAUGGUAUCCUGUAUGGAAAGCUAACAAGUAUUUCUUCAGAGGAAAGUUGUGUCCAAAUGAAGUCUCUCUCAAGAACCAAUUAGGCUUACCUGCCAAAUACAAGCAACCUUUUGUGGUGAUGCUCCCUCCUCCAAACAUCACUGGCUCACUUCACCUUGGCCAUGCUCUUACUGUUUCACUUCAAGACACUCUAGUGAGAUGGCAGGGCAUGCUUGGCAGAGAUGUACUUUGGGUGCCUGGGUGUGACCAUGCUGGUAUUGCCACUCAAGUUGUUCUUGAGAAGCAUCUAAUGCAGACUACAGGCAAGAACAGACAUCAGCUUGGACAGGAAGAAUUCCUGAGAGCAGCAUGGGAAUGGAAGGACAGCAAAGAGAGUUGCAUUUAUGAUCAGCUGCAGAAGUUGGGUGUUGCUCUGGACUGGGACUGUUCCGUUUUCACCAUGAGCAAGGACAUGAGUCACUCAGUGGUGCAAGCCUUCAUCAUGCUUCAUGACCGAGGCCUUAUCUAUCGCAAACCCCGGCCUGUGAAUUACUGCCCUGCACUCCAGUCAGUUAUUUCUGAUAUUGAGGUUGACCACUGGAAAGUGACUGGGCCAACAGAAACUGUGAUCCCAGGGCACGAUGAGCCUGUCAUGUUUGGCCAGAUGUUCGACGUCGCCUACCCUCUGGUGUUCCCUGAUGGCUCCACGCCCUCAUCAGGAGAACACAUCGUCGUCAGCACCACGCGCCCUGAGACUAUCCCUGCUGACACCGCCAUCAUGGUCCAUCCACAAGAUCACAGAUAUAAACAUUUGAUCGGCAAGAAAGCACAAAUCCCUUGUCGCCCAGACCGCAGCAUUCCCAUCAUUGCAGAUGCAGCAGUCGACCCUGCCAUAGGCACAGGUGCUGUUAAAGUGACUCCAGGUCUGAGCGCCGUAGACUACGCCGUUGGCCAGCGUCAUCACCUCCCCGUGAUGAGCAACAUCCUUCGUGACGGCACUCUCGACUCGUCCGUCCCAAGUCUACAAGGUUUACCGCGGCUGAGUGCUCGUGGCGCCAUGCUGUCGUUGCUGGAGGAGCGUGGGCUGCUGAGAGCGGUGCGGCCGCACGCUCAAACCGUGCCUCGAUGCUCCAGAACUGGCGACGUUGUCGAGACUCUAGUGCAAAAACAGUGGUUUGUGCGGGUGCGGGAGAUGGCAGAGCGCAGCUGCCGUGCAGUCGAGAACGGUGACCUGCUGAUCGACCCACCAUCACAGCGCAACGUCUGGACCACUUGGAUGAAGCAAACUCAACAUGAAGAUUGGUGCAUCUCGCGACAGAUCUGGUGGGGGCAUCGCGUGCCCAUGUAUCGCAUCCGCCACGCUGCCGACACUGAGCCGCUCAAGGGAGCAGGCCCGCUCGCUGACGACGACGGUGAAGUCUGGCUGGCAGCCGAGUCUGAGACUCAAGCUCUCGAUAAAGCCGCCGAGAUGCUAGGAAGAAGUGCCGAGUUGCUACGGGCAGAACAGGACCCGGACGUGCUGGACACGUGGUUCUCUUCAGCGCUGUUUCCCUUCGCAUCGUUAGGAUGGCCAUGGCAGAGUGCUCGGCUGUCCCGCUACUACCCGACUUCGGUGCUGGUGACGGGGCAGGAUAUUCUCUUCUUCUGGGUGGCCAGGAUGGUCAUGCUAGGCACGGAGCUCACUGGGCAGCUGCCCUUCAAGAGGGUGCAACUCCAUGGCCUCAUCUGUGAUUCCAAAGGCGUCAAGAUGAGCAAAAGUAGAGGCAACGUCAUCGAUCCAAUGAUUCUCAUUGACAGCGAAUAUCGUGCAGCUGCCAGUAAAUCUAGUCACAAUACAGAUCCUCUUUAUAGUCACUCUUCUCAGAACAAGUCAUCCACUGAGCUUAGCUCUCAAGAUCCAUCUAGUCCAGCCAAGUCGUCACCCAAGCAGGCUGAGGACAAAAAAUCCGACCAUCCAACGAAUGUUGCGUCCAAUACCACGGGCCUGGAUUUACCUUUCGUUGGGCCUGACGUGCUGCGGAUGGCCCUCUUGUCAACGAGCCUCUUCAGUGACCAUGUACAGUUCGGCCCCAAAGAGUUGGAUUCAUUCAGCAAAUUACCCAACAAAAUGUGGCAGUCAGUCAAGUUCCUGAGGAUGUCGUGCGAUCGCAUCAAGUGUCGCGAGUUGUUGCCUCUUCACAAACUAACACAAGAUUUGGGUGUGAUGGAGCGUUGGCUGUUGCACCACACAGGCAGCCUCGUCAGCACCGCAGACGGCGCCUUACGGAGCUGCAACACUGCCCUUCUCAUCACGGCCUUCACGACGUUAUGGAAGUCCGUCCUCUGCGACGUGUUUCUUGAAGCUGUUAAACCUUGCAUUGAUGUUCAUUCAAGCUUGGAAGUUCCUGAUUGCGCUGUUGAAAGUUUGAAGGGUCCAGAGAUGCAAUAUGGCGAUGCAGUAACGUCCAUGUCUGUUAUGGCGCACUGCAUGACCACCGCCUUGUUGUGCAUCGCUCCUGUGAUGCCGCACCUGGCAGAGGAGCUCUACCACUGCAUGCCUACUGUAGCCGGCUCCCCCAAGAAGCCGAGCAUUUUUGCUGAAGCCUAUCCUCAACACGCCAUGUGGCAUCAAUGGGAAGACAUCUCAGUCGCACGACAAGUCGACGCGUGGCUAGAGGUUGUCGCGGCCGCGCGGAGUCUCAAAGCCGCUCAUGGCGCCGCGCAGAAACGAGCUUCAGGCGUCCUGUACAGCGAGUGCCCUCACCUCACUGCCGCCCAGAGAGGCACUGAGCUCUCUUCUGUCGCUUGCCACCUUGCACAGUUGAGCGCAAUUGAGAUAAUCUACGGUAAAAAUCCAGAAGGUUGCGUGCAAGCUUCACUCGUCACGCCUGCUGGAGAAAAUUCUGUCUUGCAUCUUAACAUUCCAGGGGUGGACGUAGAGCAACAGGCAGCGCGGCUGGAGAAGCGACUUGCUAAACUCGCCAGGCAGCUUUCUGUUGCUAAGAAGUACGAAUGGAGUAACACGGAGAAGAUCAAUAAGCUGUCGAACGAACUGCAGCACACCCAGCGGCUGAAGGAGAGUCUUCAGGAGCUCAUACUUCGGCAGCGCCGACCAACUUCUUGACAAUCCUGCCGGCAUAAACAUGAUGAUGUUG